CACAACGACGUCACGGAACUGCAGGCAGCCCGCUCGCUGCAAGUGGCCGCAGCCGCCAAUUGCGACAGCCUGCUGAGUGGCUAUGGCAAUAAAACCGGCCAGGCGCUGGUUGAUCAUAUCCUUAGCAGCCCGAACGAAUGUAUCAAUGACCUCUUUAGUGGCAAUGCCACUGCAAUAGCCGCCUUCAGCGCCAAUAAUAUGCAGGCGGUCGCCAAUGCCACUGCCACACUGGCCAGUAGCUACAAUGCCAGCGGCAGCGAAGUCACGCUGGGUAAGCUCUAUUACUUCCUGCGCGCCGGUUAUUACGUGCAGUACUACAACCCAAGCAAAAUCCCUGCUUACCCAAGCUGGGUAGGCACUGCGGUGCGCAGCGCGCUGGAUAACCUCUUUGCCAACCCGGCGUUUUAUCAAAACUCUGAAGUCAACGGCGCCAAUAUUCAGGAUGCACUGACGCUGGUUGACAGCGCCGGCGAAAAUGCCCGCUAUUUAUAUGUGGUAAAAGAGUGGUUACAGCGCUGGAACCAAAGUUAUGCCAGCAGCUUUAACAUGCGCGGCGCGGUCAACCAGAUCUUUACCAUUCUGUUUCGCGGCCAUCAGGUGGAUGCCUUUAAAACUGCCACCGCCAGCGAUACCACGUUAAUCAGCCGCUUAGGCAGUUUUGCCCGCAGCAGCUGGAUGCUGGGCACCGAAGCGGCCUUUUUGCAGGAAAAUGCCGCCGCUGAAUUAGCCCGCUUUUUACAAUAUCCGCAGGCCGCCAUUCACCCGACAGUGAAAAAUGAAGUGCGUCAAAUUUUAAGCACUUACAGUAUGAAUGGCAGCGGUAGCAACAUUUGGUUAAAAGCCGCCAGCAGCGCCGACUACUACGGCUACUGCA